AUGAGGGCAGACCCCUCCGCGGCGUACGACAUCACCAGAUCCCGCCCGGCGACCACAUUGACGGACAAUGCCCGUCUCCCUCUCACCCUCACGCUCCUCUCCCUGUCACUCCUUUUGCAUGCCAACGACGCCCAGUAUGGCACCGCCCAGCACUCCUCGACACAGAACGGCGGUGGAAGCUCCGAUCGCGCGGAACGGCGGCACCCGAGGCAGUUGCUUGAGGUGCCGAGUGUCGGCCUUGCAGUGGCGCAUGCGAUAGAGCUCGUCCCGGAGAAGGAACACUCGAGGCAGAUCGCGCGCGAGUGGUACGCAAAGGGCCUCACCGGCACUCCAAGUGCGGGCAAGCUCUACCACCAUAUUGGACUGCUCUGCAGGGAGAGGGACGGGAGCGGCGAGGAGUUGCAGGGCUUGUAUCAUUUCGAGAAGAGCAUGAUCACAGCGCAUCCGUACAGCACCUCCCGCGAGGCCAUCCUCCAGAUCUGGUCGCCAGCUGCCCAGACUUGUCGCCAAGGCCCCGACGCUGGCGUUGCCGAUCUGUAUAUCAUCCUCCACGGUAUGCUCUUCACGCACAUCCAGAUGGACGACUUCCACGGCAUCCUCGACCGCUUCGACGAGAAGCUCAAUAUCGAAGUGCGAUCGUCGAGGAGUGCGACUGGGAUCAUGAUGGCCGUCAUCAACCUCGGCGCUAUCUUCGAAGAUGUCGUCAGCGCUCGCGCACGCGUCAGCCCAGCCAUGGCCGCGUCGUCUGCGGGCAAGGCCAAGCUCAUGGCGAAGAAGGCCGAGGACAAUGAUAGGAAGAUGGACGUCGACGACAAAGGUGCCGCCCCAUGCAAGGCCGACUGGAAGCUCGACGCCAUGAGCAUGUCGCCUGCACUCUCCGAGGUGGGUGCGUCAACCAGCCCCGAGAUCGUUCCUCAAGCUCAGAAUGCAAUUCGCGUUCUCGAUGCUCGCGCAUGCCCUCCAGAAGUCGUCACCUUUCGCAUGUUUGACCCUCAACCCUUGCAUCACCAUCAUACUUGCCUUCCUCGUCAUACAGUAUGA